CCCGGACACGGCACGGCACGGCCCGGCCUAAUAUAAAUCAACCAUAUUUACCCACUAGGCCUGUUCAUACGUGGAAGAAAUCCUUUCGCAAUAUACUUUCGCAGUACUAGGAGUGCAUAGCUUCGAGGACACUCUUCGACGCCAGAACGAGACCAUCUGUGUGCGAAAAAGACGACCAUAUCUAGUGAGUUCAUCUUUUUUUUGGUGAGCAUUGAGCAAGCAAACGGGCUCGCGAUUUCCUGUGAGACUGGUCGUCGCUACAAAAUCGCAAUACCUACACGAUUCGACGGCCACAAUUACAAGCUCCACAGGAGGAAGCCCAGCAUCAGCAUCGAUCUAAAAUUCGAUUUCACCGUCGUCGCCGGAGUCACCUCUGCAGGUGCGAAGAGUACACUUGGCAGCAAGAUAGGGUGUUCCGCGAGAGCAAGCGAGACGGAGCACAUCGAAAUUCCAAAGAUUCGCAUUUCAUCGCACGCCCGCACGCAACAAUAGGACAAUCGUACGGGCGCGAAAGAGACAGCAAGUGACGCCACAAAACUUCACAGCAGCAACAAACAGGCGAGCUCGCGCAACCGCCAUUUUGUUGGGAAGAAUUGGAUCGCCGUCGCUGAUCAAUACUGUAAAAGUGUUUAAUAUAACAGUGAAUCUUGUAAUACAUAGGUAGUUAAUAGUGUUCCUGUAAAGUUAUUAUUGCGUUAUUAACGUAAAGUACAGGUAAUAUUUGUUUUAAGAAUCGACAAGUUUAGCGAACAAUGGAAGACCUAAAGAAAAAAGUCGCCGCACGCGGUUAUGUGAAAGACAGUUACACUGCGAAGGCCUACCAACUUGACCGGGAUAUGAAUGCUAAGCCGCAAUUGGAGGAUUUUCUCAAUUACAUUGAGAACCGAGCCAACGCACUGGAGAAUGUCGAGCAGGGACGUCAACCCCAUCCUGGUAAUAGUAGCAGUAAGGUAGCAGCAGUCGCCACUACAGGAGCAACAUGCACUUACUGUCAGCAUGGUGGCAAAUGCAGGUUUCACUUCCGGUGCUCAGAGUGCAAGAAGCCUCAUAACACUCUGCUUCACUGCAAUUUAAGUGAAACCCCACCAGCUGUCACCUUAUCAAGUAAUGUUGAUAACAAUGUACUUUUGCCUACAGCUAAAAUCAAGGUAGUAGCAAGGGAUGGUACUCAAUACAUUAUCAAGGCGUUACUGGACAGCGGAUCUCAAGUUUCAUUUAUAACCACAAAGGUUGUUCAGCUAUUAGGAUUAAUGCCCUUGCAAAGUGAUACUUGUAUUAUUGGAAUCACUAAUGAAAAGAGUAAUAUUAAGUACUGCAUUCCUAUUGAAAUUCAUUCAUUAAAUUCACCAUUCAAGACAACAGUAACUUGUCAUGUACUUAAAGAUGUUACAUGCAAAUUACCGCAAAACAAAUUUGAUGUCUCUAGGGUCAUUAUACCACCCAACAUUAUAUUGGCAGAUGACCAAUUUAAUGUUCCUAGUGAAAUCAACAUGUUAUUAGGGGCUGAUGUAUUUUUCCAGACGCUAUUGCCCAACGAGCAGUGCAUGACCAUCAGCCUGCCCAGCCACAGCAACCAGUCAUCAGCUGUGCCCCGGAGUGCUGCUCAUCCACCACAACAGCCUAGUAGCACACAGCUACAUGUCUUCAACACAUACUUCGGGCACAUUGUAGGAGGGAAUCUGCCACCUAAGGUAUCUCAACAAACAUGUAAUAAAGUAGUUUUGAAAUGUAAAUUAGGUCUCAAUGAGACACUUGCCAAGUUUUGGACAAAUGAAAAAGUUCCAGAGAGAUUUGUUGAACAAACAUCUGAGCAAGAACUUUGUGAAAAAAUCUUUCAAAGUUCAGUUAAAUUAGUUAAUAACCAGUUUGAAGUUCCUAUACCUUUGUCAGAUGUAAACGAUACUCUUGGUGAGUCUUUUUACUUAGCAUUAAAAAGGUUUUUAAAUUUGGAAAAGAGAUUGCAUAGUAAUCCUGAUUUAUUCAUGCAAUAUCAAAAUUUCAUUCAUGAAUAUCUAUCUCUUGGUCAUGGUCAUUAUGUUGAUAUAGAAUUGUAUGAUUUAUGUAAGCAUGCAGUAUAUUUUUUGCCACACCAUGCGGUUAUUAAUAACAAUAGCAAAACUACAAAGCUUCGCACAGUGUUUGAUGGUUCAAUGAAAACAAACAAAAAAGUUUCUUUGAAUGAUUUACAACUUAAUGGGCCAGUGGUUCAAAAGGAAUUAUUUGAUAUCAUUUUAUUAUUUCGUUUAGGUAGAUACACAUUUACUACAGAUAUAAGGCGUAUGUUUAGAAAUAUUAAAAUAGACCCUCAAUACACUUCCCUUCAAAAUAUUUUGUGGAGGGACAAUCCGGAUGAGCCAGUUAAGUGUAUUAGAUUAGACACAGUUACAUAUGGCUUGAAAAGUUCAAGUUACUUAGCAACUCGUUGUAUAGAUGAGCUAGCAAAUAAAUAUGAAAAGUUAUACCCACUAGCUUCAUCCAUUAUCAAAAAUAAUCAGUAUGUUGAUGAUAUUAUAUAUAGUAAUAAUAAUUUAGAAACCACUGUCAGUGCCCAUCAAACGAAAGACAUUUUGAUAGUAUAGAAUUGCAAAAAGAUAAUUAUUAUAUGAAGCCCUAGGACUUCAAAUAAAUGUAAAGGAUGAUCACUUUAUAAUCUCUACUCCAGAACCAUUUGAUACAAAAAAGGUUACAAAAAGGAGCAUACUUAGUUAUAUAGGUAGAUUCUAUGAUCCAAUGGGAUUUGUGAGCCCAAUUGUGGUCACAGCAAAGGCCAUAAUGCAAAAAUUAUGGUUACUGAACACAGGUUGGAAUGACAGUCCGCCUGCAAAUGUUCAGCAAGAAUGGUUUAAUUUUACCAAUAAUUUAGCUGCAAUGCAGCCUAUCCUAUUAGAUAGGAAUAUUAGUGUUUCAGAAGGAGACUCGGCAGAUUUAAUCGGCUUUGCUGACGCUUCGAGUAAGACAGCCUACGGAUGCUGUGUGUACCUGCGAGUCACAGACCAAACAG